AUGGUGAGUUCUUCUACAGUACUUCGUCUAACUUGAUAAUAAUUUGCAGAAAUCAGUCUAUAGCGAUGCAGUUCAGACUCCAGAAGAGCCAAAAUCGUUGGCAAAAACGCAAUCAGUUCACGAGAUUGAGGAGAAUUGUGAUAUGUGGACGAGAAACUUUUUGAGCAAAGCUCGAAUCACAAAAAUCACUGCCGAAUAUCGAGAUAUCAAAGAUUGGAAACCCGACAAAUUCUCAGUGAAAACUUGCGAGAAAAAUGCGGACAAAAAUCGAUAUAAAUCAACAUUAUGUGCCGAUCAAAAUCGAGUUGUUUUGAAAGAUCGUGACGCAUCAAAUGAUUAUAUUCAUGCAUCUUGGAUGGAUAUGCCUGAUUCGGUUCGAUUUAUCUCAACACAAGGACCAAUUAAAUCGACAAUCGCUGAUUUUUGGCACAUGAUUUUUACCGAAAAAUGUCAAGUUAUUGUGAUGCUUUGUAAUUAUGUGGAAGACACUGAGAAAUGCGCCAAAUAUUUUUCUGGUAAAUUCUAGAUUACACAAACCUUUUUCUUACAGUCUAACUCAACCAAUUCUACAAUUAACCCUAUUUUCAGCUGAUUCUGAAGUAACACAUGGCGAAUAUCGAAUCAAAGUUGUUGACAAACAAAGUGAACCAUGGUCACCUGUUAGAUGGACUGUUUUACGUGUAAAAAACAAAAAAGAUGUGAAAUUAACAGUUCAUCAUUUUUGGUAUUAUGAUUGGCAUGAUCAAAUAGCUCCACUUGAUCCAUCUCCAAUGAUUAAAUUAUACAAAAUGGCAUUACAAACUGCAAAUGGUUCACCAAUUGUUGUUCAUUGUUCAGCUGGAGUUGGAAGAACUGCAACAUUUGUUGGAAUUCAUCUUGGAGCCGAAAUGAUUAAAGUUGAUCCAACUGUUGAUUUUCAAAAUGUGAUGAAAUCAUUGAGACAAAUGAGACUUGGUGCAAUUCAAAGUCAACUUCAAUAUAUUUUCUUGCAAGUUUGUGUAAUCCAAUUAUUCAUUGAUAAUAAAUAUACAAAACGGGAUAAUCAAUUUGAACAGUUUUUGAAGAAAUAUUCGGGAAUUACGGCCAAAGUUCAUUCGAAAAUUGUAGAGGAAGAAAAAAAGAAAUCAAAGUUAUCGAAAGUAUCGAAAGAGACGAAAGAGACAAAAGAGGUGAAAGAAGUGAAGGAAGUGAAAGAACCCAAAAAUCAAAGUGAUCGAAAGAAAACUGUUUCGAGAGAUUCUUCAGCUGUUGAAAAACAUGAUGUUCUUUCGACAUAUGCUGCAUGGUUAGUUUUUGGGGAUUCGGCUUAAAAAAAUCCACCUACAGUAUUUCUUUAAAGGAAAAUAUAAUUUUUAGUGACUCAAAUCGAAAAGAGAAGAAAUUGCCAUCAGCUGGAACUCCGAAACUAAGUCGAACUCCCAGUUUGGCACGAAUAAUCAUAAACAAAUUGGACAACAAAAAGAGAUCGAAAAAGGCACCAAGUCCGGGAGCAGCAAGUCAAUAA